GCGAACUUUAAGCUUCGACUUCCCCGAUCUAUGAACUUUAUCAAUUGAUGCAAAUUGAAGCUUCUGUACUUCUUUUUCUUCUUUUCCCCUGAGAAGGUCUCACCCCUUAAUUCCUUCUUGUUCUUCCUGUCCUUCCUAUAUAUAUCCAACCUUCGUCAAUUCCUUUGGUCGUCGUGUCAAUUGUCUUGUCUUUUGCCCAACAUGGUGGCCUUCCGAUACUCUGUCCUCGCCGCUCUGGCUCUUCGCGUCGUGUCUGUCUUUGCUGCUGAGGGUGAUUCUCCCGUCGCAGAUGAUGCUGGUAGCCCUCCCGAGGUCGAGCUCAAGGCUGAGGUCGUCGCUACCUUCCCUGAGGCUGACGACAUUUUCGGUGUCAAACUCGUCAAUGGCCGCCCGACUAAGGCCGUCAUCGAUAUAACCAACAGCGAGGACGAGCCUAUCCUGGUAGCUUUUGUAGGAGGUCAGCUCCUUAACCCCAAGGACCUGGGCCCUGAUGUCGACUUCGCGAAGUCUGUCAUUCGCAAUCUUACAACUGUCCGCUAUGAGGCGUCUAUCCCGGCCGGCGAGAAGGUGUCGCUCCCUUACUCCUUCAUCCUAGACAUGCAACCCCAAGACGUGCGCCUACAGCUCGUCUCCGUCGUCACCAACUCUGCCAACCAGAUCUUCCAGCUUGGCGUCUACGACCAGACCGUUAGCAUUGUUGAGGCCCCUACCAGCAUCUUCGACCCCCAGAUCAUCUUCCUGUACCUCUUCCUCACUGCCGCCUUCGCCGGUACCUGCUACUUCGUCUACAAGACCUACGUCGAGGCCAUGUUCCCCCAGACCAAGCGUCCCGCCAAGAAGGUCCGCGCCCCCGUCGUCGAGAAGGAACCCCUCUCCGGAGGCGAAGGCUCCGCCACCGGUACCGAUAAGGGCUAUGACGAGAGCUGGAUCCCCUCGGACCACCUGAACCGCCCUUCCGCGCGACGUGUCAAGAGCGGCGCCAGCGGAAAGACCAAGUCCAAGACCGCCGAGUAGAAACGGCGUUAAGUCGAUGGGCUUGGCUACCUGCUGUCAGGGUUGACUGGGCGGCACGUGCACGUACCUACAUAUAUGUACUAGGUAUGAUGAGGAAGGGGAUAAUCCGGCUUCGGCUUCGUGGGGGGUAAGGUUGGAAGAACAUACGUGCGUGCAUAGGCUCGGUCGAAUGACUGGCGGUGGGAAAAAUUAAAACGUCUGGUGUCGGGCACAAUCACGUCUAGGCUGCUGAGGCGGCUGGUGGGAUGGCUUGUUGUCUUGACUAAGGAUGCUUAUAUACGUAUAUGUACAUGAAUGGGACUGACACGAAUAAGUUCUAUGUGAUGGUUUUUGAUGUUUGAUGUGUGAAUGUGAAGGUAGAAGUGAGGUUUCGGUGUUGUUGUGAGCCUGAACUCCAAUCGUUCUGAUUACAUAAGUGCUUAUUAAGAUCGUACAAACCGCUCUAUGGUGUCUCGAGAUAGAUUUGGGAGCAUAUCGUUUUUAUUACUAUCGAAUUGUAGGUAAUGAUAGCUAGAUGAUG